ACAGUCGUCUAGAAUUUAUUCUUUUUCCGCUUCUGAUCGCAAUAUCUGACGCGCUACCGCCCGGUCUGGUUAUAACCAAGCAGUGAGUUGUGUGGAAAAUCUCUUUUCGGCUCGCGCAUCCUCGUGGUAGAUAAACCUCCAACUCCCACACAAGUUUUCACCCAAACUUGCCACGAGAUUUUAAGGGACAACAGUCACACGAGAAUUAUCUACAUGGAUAGUUUGAAUAAUUAUGGAAAGACCAUCCUACGUGACGUGAUGAAGCGUUUUGUACCCCGAAAUUUUUUUGGGAGUCCUUUACGCAACAUGCCCAUAUCAGAAUUUAGAAAGAAGAAACUUCUCUAUGUCUUCCAUGUUUUUUUCGAUGUAAAUCAAAGCGGAACUAUCGACAGGAAAGAUUUCGAACUCGCUAUUGGAAAAAUAUGUUCACUAAGAGGUUGGCCACGUGAUACACCCGAAUAUAGAAAAACUUUCGACAGUAUGAUUAAUAUUUGGGAAGGUUUAAAACAGAGAGCUGAUUCCAACAAAGAUGGACAGGUUAGUGUAGAAGAAUGGGCGAUAAUGUGGGACGAGUUCUCCAAAGAUUCCUCAAAUCCUCUUGAAUGGCAGACUCAAUACAUGCGUUUUAUGUUCGAAAUGGAGGAUUCCAGUGGAGACGGCGCCAUCGACGUAGACGAAUUCAGUGGAGUUUGUUCCUGCUACGGAUUAGAUGAGUCCGAGUGCAGACAAGCUUUCGAAAAAAUGGCACAAGGAAAACACAGUGUGAACUACGACGAGUUUGAAACGUUAUGGAAACAAUUUUUCAUUUCGGAAAAUCCAUCCGAUCCUGGAAACUUCAUCUUUGGAAAAACUACUUUUUAAUAAAUGUUGAUGUAAUUCAUCCAUAUUAUCACCUAGUAUCUUUUUUUAUUAAAUCCAUAAGUACUAUAUUGAUGUUGAUGAUAAGAUAUAUUGGCAAGACGGAAAACUCCUUAAAAAUAAUAUUAUUGAAAUAGUAACAGCAGGUACGACAGGCAAUGAGAUGAUUUCUGACUGAUUUGGUCCUGAAUAAGUUAAUAAUCUUUAUAAAUCGUGUAUCCUACUUAAUCUGCAUAUUAAAUUUUAUUGGAAUGUAUAUUAUAAAUAACAGGAUUCGUGAGCUAUAUGUAAAAUAUUGUAAAAACAAUAAAAACUAUUCCAAUAAUGAA